AUGAUCAACUAUAAUCUUACUGGCGAUGCGCUGCUACAUUGUCUCAAGAUCAGCAACAGCAAAGUCCUUGUGGUAGACGAGGACGCUGGGUGUCGACAGCGAGUUGAAGAGUGUCGGGAAAGGAUCGAGCAAGAACUAGGGCCUGACGGAGAUGUCUUUUAUAACUGUAUGCCCUUGUACCACGGCACCGGAGGUGUACUCGCUACUGGUUGUAUGGUUUCUGGUAUGACACUGGCCAUCGGACGCAAGUUCUCAACCUCCGGAUUCUGGGACGAGAUUAGGGAGUCUGGAGCCACUGCCUUUGUCUACGUAGGAGAGACUGCGCGCUAUCUGCUCUCUGCACCACCCUCGCCCAGAGACAAAGACCACAAAGUUCGUCUGAUGCACGGCAAUGGUAUGAGACCGGAUGUCUGGAAGAGAUUCCAGGAAAGGUUCGGUGUGACGGAUGUCAUGGAGUUCUUCAAUAGUACCGAAGGUGUCUUCACUCUGAAUAACUACAGUCGAAACGACCACUUCGCAGACGCAGUCGGCCACCAUGGAGCGAUCUUCCGGGCUGUGUUCAAAAACACCUACGUUCCGGUGAAACUAGACUACGACACGGGUGAGAUCUGGCGUCAUCCAGAGACCGGUUUCGCACAGCGGCAACCCUACGAGGAAGGUGGUGAGAUGCUGGUCAAGGUUCCCGACGAGAACCAAUUCAAAGGAUACUGGCACGCGCCUGAAGCCACAGCAAAUAAAUAUGCUAGAGAUGUCUUUGAAACAGGUGAUCUAUAUUACAGAUCUGGCGAUGCACUGCGAAGAUCCUCGGAUGGAAAAUGGUUCUUCAUGGAUCGUCUCGGAGACACUUUCCGCUGGAAGGGCGAGAACUGCACAGAUCGUGCUUCGUUCGACUUUAAGGCCUUCCUCUCUCAUUCGCAAAAGCUGCUUCCCAAGUAUGCUGUCCCAUUGUUCUUGCGAUUCGUACAGGAUGACCAAGCACAUACCAUGCACAACAACAAGCAGAACAAAACCCAGCUCAGACGUGAGGGCGUAGAUCCCGAGAAGGUCUCUCGCGGAACAGCUGGCGCCAAGGACACACUCUACUGGCUACCGCCUAGAGGAAAUACCUAUGAAUCGUUCGGCGAAGCAGAGUGGCACAGUAUAGUCGCAGGCAAGGCAAAACUGUGA